GAGCGCCCUCCCAGAAGCCUCCGCGCCGCCGGGGUCCUGACGGGCCGCGCCGCCUCCGGCCGCUGCACGUGUCUCCAGCGCGAUGCCUAAAUCCAAGCGGGACAAGAAAGUUUCCUUAACCAAAACUACAAAGAAAGGCUUAGAACUGAAACAGAACCUGAUAGAAGAGCUUCGGAAAUGUGUGGACACAUACAAAUACCUCUUCAUCUUCUCCGUGGCCAACAUGAGAAACAGCAAGCUGAAGGACAUCCGGAAUGCCUGGAAGCACAGCCGGAUGUUCUUUGGCAAAAACAAGGUGAUGAUGGUAGCCCUGGGGCGAAGCCCAUCUGAUGAGUACAGAGACAACCUGCACCAGGUCAGCAAGAAGUUGAAGGGUGAAGUUGGUCUUCUUUUCACCAAUCGCACAAAGGAUGAAGUGAAUGAGUGGUUCACAAAAUACACGCAGAUGGACUUUGCCCGAGCUGGUAACAGAGCAGCUUUCACUGUGAACCUGGACCAAGGCCCUCUGGAGCAGUUCCCCCACUCCAUGGAGCCACAACUGAGGCAACUGGGCCUGCCCACUGCCCUCAAGAAAGGUGUGGUGACCUUGCUGUCUGACUAUGAGGUGUGCAAGGAAGGCGAUGUGCUGACCCCGGAGCAGGCCCGGGUUCUGAAACUCUUUGGGUAUGAGAUGGCUGAGUUCAAGGUGACCGUCAAAUACAUGUGGGACGCACAGUCGGGACGAUUCCAGCCGAUGGAAGAUGACCUGCCUGAGAGCGCACCUGAGUCUGAGGAGGAGGAGGAGGAUGAGGACGAGGACGACUAAGGCCUUUCAGCUCCGUCUGUGCCACACAGGACCCAGUAGGACUGACUGCCACCGCCCCUCUGGAGGAAGGCCCUAUUUAUUUUGCUAUAGAUGAAGACAGGUGACCUGACUGUGUUUCCAGAGAAUAAAAUUGAGUCUGCAGGUGUCUCCUGUAGACAGCAAGAGGCUUUUCUAAGAUGAGGCCUUUGGCUUUGUGCUCGGCUUGGACACUAGGAUUUCCUGUGUACCUAGUAAGCGAGCAUAGUCCUGAGCCCUGUGGGAUUACUGUAGUAGCAUUACGGCUCUGGAUGGCCUAGAGCAACCCCACAGCUGGGCUCCCUCCUCUCCAGGAGAGGGCCCUCCCUCCGUGCCCUUUGCUUCUCAGACGGAAUUCCUGAGAAAAGUUAGGUGCCUUGGCAGUCCUUUCACAUGUCUGCACACAGUCCAAUCUCAGAGCUGACUGGUGGAUACCAAGAAGUCAGGGGCCUUUAGAAACUCAAGGAAGGCCAGGUGCCUGUGGCUCAUGCCUGUAAUCCUAGCAACCCGGGAGGCUGAGAUCUGAGGAUCACAGU